GUUUGUGGUAUGAAAGUGACUUUGGCAAUAAAAAGUCUCGGUAGGUGUAAAGGAGAGGUGAGACAAACGUCGGCACUAAAACCCCAGAAUAAUGAUAGAUAUUUCACGGCUUGGUUCCUGUGCACAUAAAAACAAAACGAGAUAAAAGCCUGACCAUACGCAGGUAGCACAUGGUUGAAGAAUGCUCCCAGUUCUGUCAUCACACCUAUGUAUAAAGGUGUGUUGGGGUGAGACAUUCCCCACCCAUCUGUGGACUGGUACCCCUGUGGAGGUGUAAAUUCAACAACCUGUUGGUCGGGGCUAGUACUGUGCCUUUAGUCAGCUAGUAUAUAGUAGGGAGCUAGCUAAGGUCACGCUUGAUUGUACUACCAUUUUAUGGCAGUGUAGGGUUUGAUUGACUGCUUUAUCACACUCUAUCAUGAUCGUCCACUCUGAUUGGCUGGCUGGUUUGUGGGCGGGCCUUCACAUUGAUUUGUGCCUCACACAUAGUAAGGCUGUAGAUCUGUAGUAUAGAGAACGGUGGAGCAGAGCAUGUGUAUAUAGCACUCUAGUAGAAAACAUAUUUAUGUAAUUAAUUUCCCUCUUUUUUUUUGGAACUCUGGAUUUCGUUUAUGCACUUAAAAAGGUUGGGGAGGCUGAGCGUGGGAACUAUAUAGUGAGACGGGGGACGCACACAGCAUCAUGACAUAAACUGUGGAUAUAAAUCGAGUGUGUAGAUAGCGCUCAAAUACACUGGAUAGAAUUCUCAAAAUGGCAAAAGAUUUGUGUUUAAUUUUUCUGACAGUUUUGUUUUCUGUGAACCAUGUUGAGACUUUGUCUCAUACUUACACAAUAACAGAGGAUUUAGUGGGACCUGUUCCUCUGGGAAAUAUUGCUCAGGAUGUGAAUUUAAGUAGUCAACUUUCGGACUCCGAUGAUUUUUCCGAACUCCGUUAUAGUUUUCUUGCCCAAGACCACCCCCACACGUUUCGGUUUUCUAUAGAUGAAAUCACUAGUGCUAUUACAACCAAUGACAAACUGGAUAGGGACUUGAUUUGUGAGUUUUCCCCCGAUUCUUGUGAGUUGUCACUGGAAGUAGCAGCCCAAUCUACCAUUGGAGUAUUCUUCAAAAAGAUCCAAGUUACUGUGGUGAUUGAGGAUCUCAACGACCAUGCCCCGAGUUUCGAUGUUGGUGUUUUUAACCUGUCUAUAUCGGAGUUGUCCCAAAUUGGUCGCGAGUUCACACUGGACAGUGCCAAGGAUAAGGACAGCAAACUUUAUUCUGUGAUAAAAUACAGUGUCGUACCCGCAUCUUCCCCCUUCACAACCAAGUUUACGAUUGACCUUGUCGGCAACACCGAUGUCAAGCUCAAGGUCACCGAUGAAUUAGACCGUGAAGUCAAUGGCCAUUACCAGCUUAAAGUCAUAGCUGAGGAUGGAGGUUCGCCACCCAAAACUGGUGUUCUCAAUGUUAAUAUUACCAUUGAAGAUGAGAAUGAUAACUCACCGACCUUCACCUCGCCGUCGUACAAUGUCAGUGUGAAAGAGGACAUUGCCAUUGGGACCAUCAUCUUGGAGAUGACGGCCAAUGAUCUAGACGUGGGAAAAAAUGGUGAAGUUAUCUAUAAGAUCAGUAGUAAUCAGCCACCGGAAAUCCAGGCUCUGUUCACUAUGGACCUGACAAGUGGGAGACUUGGGGUUGCACAGACUCUCAUGCCUGCGGAGACAUACAAAUUAAUCGUGGAGGCUUACGAUAAGGGAGACCAGCCAUCAAAGGCACAAGUUUAUGUUUUUGUACAUGUGGAAGACUCCGGAAACAACCCGCCAGAAAUUAAGCUUAAUUUACUCUAUGGUGGGGAUCAAAAUGUCGCCAAGAUUUCUGAGUACGCCAACAUGGGGUCGCCUGUUGCUCACGUCGCAGUGACAGACCCAGACACUGGCAGAAACGGGAUUGUCACGUGCUCCAUCUCUAACUCUGAGGACUACUUCCAGCUGCAGAGGUUAGAGGUCAAUGAAUAUAAGGUCAUCGUCCACAAGCCUCUGGAUCGGGAGAUCCAGGCACGUCAUGAUAUUUCAGUGUUCUGUGAGGAUGUGGGUACUCCCCCGUUAAACAGUACCAGGACAUUCUCCGCUGUCGUCUUAGACGAAAACGACCAGUACCCACAAUUCUCAAAACCUGUGUAUACAGUAACCUUCCCCGAGAAUCGCAACAAUGGUGAGGUCAUUGUACAGGUCACCGCCAGUGACCUUGACGAAGGUGACAAUGCCAGAUUAACCUAUGUCCUAGAUGGAGAUUCAAAGGGAUAUUUUAAUAUUGAUGACACUGGACGGAUAUAUUCCAACAUUGCAUUUGACAGGGAGACAACUCCGUUAUUCAAGUUUCAGGUGAUCGCUUCCGAUCAUGGCGAUCCACCCAUGUCGUCGACGGCAACCAUCGAACUCAACAUCAGCGAUGAGAAUGACAACCCGCCCGAAUUCACUGACACAGAUUACACUGCCAUCGUCCUUGAGAAUAUGCCCAUUGACACGUCUGUGACACAAGUUUAUGCAUCAGAUCGUGAUGCCGACUCCAAUGGUUAUGUGACCUUUGCCCUCGCUCCAAACUCACAGGUGCCCUUCUUUGUGUCACCAGAUGGUUCAAUUCACACCACAAAGGUCCUUGACCGGGAGGUCAUCAGCAAGUACAUAUUCUAUGUUGUGGCCACUGACCACGGAAUGCCACCAAGACAGAAGUCAGCAGAGGUAACGGUCAAUGUUGGUGAUCGCAACGACAACACACCAGUUAUCAUCUAUCCCAACAUAUCAAACGACACAGUUCGUGUCCCCUACACAGCUCGGGAAAACACUAUCAUUGCCGUCAUUCAGGCACAUGACUUUGACCUUGGCCCCAACCAGAAACUACUGUUUUCGGUCAAGGAGAGAAACGACUCGGAUCUAUUUAAUGUUCUCAGCAUCACCGGAGAAGUUAUCAUAGCAAGGCAGAUGCAAGAGUCUCACAGAGCGAGAUAUUUUCUUCAGAUCGUCGUUAUGGAUCAGGGUACCCCGUACCUGUCAUCCGUAACAAAACUCAGCAUCGUAGUAACGGACAAGAAUGCCACCACAGCGAUACCACCAACAUCAGACGGGGUCAACAAGUACAAUGUGGCUAUCGUAGUAACCGUUGUCGUGGUAACCCUAGUGCUUUCUGCCACUAUUCUCGUAACCAUUUUCAUCAUUCGGCGUUUGGAUCGUCAAAAACAGAAGUUUUCUCAGGGUUUAGUGUUAGAUGGAGUUAAACUACAAACGGAAAAGAACCUGGUGAAAUCGUCUAACAUAACGGGGAAGGCGAACCCGAAUCUGUAUAGUCCGCAGGGCGAAAGGGUUGGAGUAGGGAUGUAUAGCUACGCCACCGAACCUGCCCUCGACAGAAUGAGUCUCUCCAGCAAUAACACUUUCCAGGCCUCACAUGUUUCGUAUGACCACAUGGACAGUGGGAGCAAGGAGGGGACACUACAGCGCUGCGACACGCCUCAAAGUGACGUCCAUCAGUCCGAUCUCCAUCGCCUCGCUUCUAUUCGACUUCACCAGGCACUCGUACAGUCACAUGACAAGGCGUAUGCCAAUCAGCAUGCAGAGCUCCCGUAUAACAGAGAGGCAAAGAAAUCAACAGACGACAACAGCGAUACUUCGGGGGACACUAUCCCCAGUGACAGUGGACGAGGCGCUAGUGACCAGGAGGAGGUGCAGAGCGUCACACAGUCACAUACAUCAGAGAAUUUCCGGCGCCAACAUCCACCAACAAGUCGGAAUUUCAGAAACGUCGAAAAAUUCCACAGAAAUAUUCCAGAGACAAAUCAUUACAUGGACAUGUCUGGGAGGAAAGUUAAUAAUGUGAACAACAUUAGUUCAGGAAUUAUUCCACAACGAUUCCAGGAGGAACUCAAACAUCAGUUACAGCCAUGUUAUCCGUUUCCACGGCAACAAAAACUCUCCUUCAAUAGUGUUGGGUCGGAACUUCCGUCAUAUGGACAUUUCCAGCGGGGGUUGAGUGUCGACGAAACUGUGGACAGUAUCGCCACGGGUUACGACGAUGACGAUACAACAACUUCAGGGAGUUAUACAAUAGACAAUGACGAUUUUCCAAUGGAACACCAUUUUGAAAAAGUGCAUGAUGUGUUUGUGUGAUAAACAAAAAUGGUUUCUAAUUGGAUAACAAUAUUGUGAAAUGUGUUCUGAUUGGAUAAUGUUCCUCUAGUCAUGUGCCAAAUUUAAAACUAUUUUCAUGUUUGUGUGUAUUGAUACCCAAUUGUAAUACGAUAUGGAUAUUGUUAGUCCGGACACUAAGUUUUCUGUUUUAAAAAAUAAAUCAUAAAAGAAAACAGCCUUUCUAGAUUUACGAAACGUUAGUUGAUGUCAGAUAAAGUUCAACAAAAGCAUACGCUGGAAAUUGAUGAUUUCAGAAAUUAUUUAAAUUCAUAUAAAAAAAAUCGCAUUAAAAGAAUGGUUUCCGAUUCUGUGUAUCUGGGCUAGCAAGGUUCUGCUGUUAGGCUCUCGCUGUGUGAUACGGAAGGGCAAUCCAUACUCUUUAUAUUCCAUAAUUCCAAAGGUGCUCAUUUAAUUGAUUGAUUUGAAUAUUCAUGAGAUUGCUACAGAAAUCGUCAUGAAUAUUCAGUAGUAUUUUACCAUUUAUGGGUUGAUAUUUUUUUUCUCCAGAUUUUGACCCUCACUACUAAAUACUUGAUUUCCAAAAUUGAUGAACUAAAAUUCUGAUAUUGCUUAUUAAAAAAAGGGUUUGACCCGAUCAACCUAUAAAUUGUAAGAUGUAUGUUAGCCUUUAAUGUCUUGCAUUUCACUCGAGUCGGCCAAGAUCUCAAUUUCAUAUGAUCUGCAUAAUCAUUCCAAAACUAAUAUGACAUUAAUCAAAAAGCAAAUCAUAUUCAUAUAAUUUGACAUUUCAUCUAAACAAACCUGUAUACAUUGUGAGCUAGAAAUGAUUUCAUUAAGUGUUUCAUUCCCUUGUUUGUCAUAUAUGUAACUUGAGUAUGAAUUGUAAUGGAGAUCUCAAAAACAUUGAUCAUAACAAAAAUAUUAUUAAGAGUUAGUUACCAAAAAGCAACGUAGAUUAGUUGUUGAUUAUGAUAUGAAGAAAAUUUGCCAAAGAUUAUUUGGUUUUUUUCCUUACUUGAAUUUUAGAAUUUUAGCACCAAAGGAACUGGAUAAAGUACCAAAGCUUUUAUUGAAUGUUAGCAUAAAAGUUGAAAUAUAAAUUUGUAAACAUCUUUCAAAAAAGCUAACAAGUUUGUUUACAUGUAGUACACAUAAUAAAUUCUCCAAUAUUGGUCAUAAUUUGAACAUUUAAGUAAAACUUUAGAGGGAAUUCAUACUUAUUAGAUAGAUACUUGGGGGUUUAGUAAUUUUUUAUCAAUGUAAAUCAAAUAUAGGCGUUAUUAAUCAAACCAAAGAUUUUUUUUACAAAUUUUAAAGAUUCAUUUACACAGGAUAAUUUACAUUUAAAUGGAAAAUCAUAUAUGCAGGAAAUUCAGUAUUGUGGUAUAUCUUAUAACAUAAAAUAAAAACAGGUGAUCAUUUAGCAAUAUGUUUCUCUUUGUAAAGAUAGACAGACACAAUUAAUUUAUUGGUUCAGUUUCGUAAUUAAUGAAUUUAUUAAAAUCUAGAAUUUUAUAUAAGAAACAGAAAAACUAUAUACAUUGUAAAUACUGUAAGAGUCAAACUAAACUUAUCCCCAAAGACAGCUAGCAUCGAAUAUUUAAACCAUAUCUCAUGAGAAAGAUCUGAAGGAAAGUAUAAAAUUAGAAAUUGUCAUAUAUUUUGAUUUCAAUAUUGUAUUGUACUUAAGUUAAAACUUUCAAUAAUUUCAAAUUUUCAAAUUUGAAAUGUGAUUUUCAAAAUGUGUGUAUUUUCUUAAAAAUUUAUUCAAUAUUUGAUAGUUUCCAAUCUUGACAGUUGGAGUCUGUUAAUGUUAAUGAUGUAUUGUAAAGGUAUCUGGCUAAAACACUAAAAGUCUGGAAUUAUUCCAGCUGCCGUAGCAAGAUAUCAACUCAUGCUGUCCAUGUCAUUGAUUGAUAGCAAGUUAAUUUUUCUACUGGAACGAAAUGCUUUUCUCUGACUAUGAAUAUUGAUUGCGUCCAUGGCAUCGCAUGAUGCGUCAGCCUCCCUAUUCCCACAGAAAUGCCUUAUUAAGACAUGUAGAUUGUUCAGGUACGCUCCAUACAGAUAGACUGUUGUUGUUAAGGUACGCUCCUCAAUACAGGUGAGCUGUUCGCGACUCAUUGUUUAUGUCACUGUUAACGUCCAUCCGAUUUUCCCCGGGAGAAAUAAGGGCAGCUUUACUAUGGUAAUGAGACGAUUCCUAAUUCCGUUGAUGGGACCACGUGUAUCUGUUUCCUGUUACGUUCUUAUGUUGAUUGUUGCCUUGUUACAUAAAACUUUAUUUCCAACAUGAAAUAAAUACGAAAUAAUCAA